GAGAGUGCAGCCGAGCUGAGCAUCACAUCCCGCAUUCAAGGAAACGGGCAAACACAGCACUUUUUGACUUUCCAUAAUGUUCUAGUCUGCGUACAGCCCACCUCUCCAAUAAGAAUAAAUACAUAUUCGGAUCGGACCCUAAUGGAGGCCGUGUGUCUUUGAAGAGCUGGGAAUCAGUGAAGGGAGACCCCCCCCAAUUGUUUCCUGCGCCAAGAACUGUAAAGACAUGGUCACUACACUGCAUCUGUGAUGAACAGCAAGCAGUGAGGAAGUGUCAGAGGAUGCUCUUGAUCUGAGGGAGAUCUGCAGAGCCAACUGGUGCCCAUCAUGUCUCACCUCCAGCACUACCAGCGAGGCAACCAGGGCCGCACCAUGAGCUCUGAGGACCGGAGCUUCACGCCGGUCCACAAAACCGCCACGCCGGUCCACAAGAGCGCCUCCUCCUCUUCUUCUUCCCAGCGCGACAGCCGGCAGGAGGCAGACAGCUGGGAAAUCAUUGAGGGGCUGAAAAUCGGCCAGAGCAACGUCCAGAGGCCCGAUAAACACGAGGGGUUCAUGUUAAAGAAGCGGAAAUGGCCCCUGAAAGGCUGGCACAAGCGUUUUUUUGUUCUGGACAAUGGUAUCCUGAAGUACUCCAAGACCCCUAUUGAUAUCCAAAAAGGCAAGCUUCAUGGCAGCAUUGACGUCGGCCUCUCAGUCAUGUCCAUCAAGAAGAGAGCUCGACGCAUCGACCUGGACACGGAGGAACACAUCUAUCACCUGAAGGUCAAAUCUCAAGACAUCUUUGAUGCUUGGGUUUCCAAGUUGCGUCAUCACCGGCUUUACCGACAGAACGAGAUUGUGCGAUCUCCCCGAGAGGCCACCAUGCGGACGUUUCCUCCCCCACCCGCUGCCAUGGAGUCCCCCCAACCGGCCUCCAGUGUGGUACGCGAUGCAAAGCAGGCCAAGCCGAGCAGCUUGCCGUGGCAGCCGGUUGCCCCGAGCAGCAACAGCAGCCUGCCGGCCUCCUACAGCAACGGCCAGAGCAAGGUGGUUGCUUGGCUGCAGGAGUCAGAGGAGAUGGACAAGUGCUCAGAGGAGCUCUCGCGAUGCCAGUCCAACCUGACCGAACUGAGCCGGCUCCUGCAGAGUUUGGAGAUUCUUCAAAGGACACAGUCAGCACCCAACUUCACAGAAAUGCAGACCAAUUGUGUAGAAUUGUCAAAGAAAGAAAAGCGCUUGAACAGAAGAUGGAGAACAAAAAGUGUCGGCAAAGAUGCAAAAUUCCAGCUUCAGGUCCCUCUGUCUGCCAGUAUGUCCCCCGUCCGCCUCCACUCCUCCAACCCCAACCUGUGUGCCGAGCUGGUGGACUUUCAAGCCCCUGCCUCCCGACUGACGGACAGCGUAGAGUCUGCCAGUGACUACAUCAAACUUCAGGAGGAAUUCUGCACCAUCGCCCAGAAAGUCCACUCGCUGCUGAAGUCCGCCUUCAACACGGUGGCCAUCGAGAAAGAAAAGAUCAAACAGAUUCUGUCUGACCAGGAGCAGACGGACCAGUCGGCCCAGAUCAACUCUCUCAGGAAGUCUCUGUCACAGGCCCUGUCCCAAAACGCAGAACUUCGAACCCGACUCAACCGCAUCCACUCUGAGUCUGUCCUGACUGAACAAGUUGUCAGUGUGGACAUCAUCUCCACGCCUGACGAGGCUGGAGAACAGAUUGGGAUCCCUCUGACUCAGCAGGCCUCUAAUGAGAGUCGACUCUCCAUGUCGGAGUCUGUCUCCGAAUUCUUUGAUGCCCAGGAAGUGCUUCUGUCAGCCAGCUCGUCAGAGAAUGAGGGCUCAGACGAUGAGUCAUAUGUCAGCGAUGUGAGCGAUAACAUUUCCGAGGACAACGCCAGUGUGACCGAUAACGUCUCCAGACAAAUGGCCAAUGGAGACUUUGCUGGCAGUGCCUUCCGUAACGGGCGGCGCAGCUGCCUGCCAUCGCCGUGCCCCGACACCAGCAACAUCAACCUCUGGAACAUCUUGAGAAACAACAUCGGCAAAGACUUGUCCAAAGUGUCCAUGCCGGUGGAGCUCAACGAGCCGCUCAACACCCUGCAGCGCAUGUGUGAGGAGCUGGAGUACAGCGAGCUGCUGGACAAAGCUGCUGAGACCGAGGACCCCUUUGAACGCAUGGUUCUCGUUGCUGCUUUUGCCGUCUCCGGCUACUCAUCCACCUACUACAGAGCAGGAAGUAAGCCAUUCAACCCGCUGCUCGGGGAGAGUUAUGAAUGUAUUCGGGAAGACAAGGGCUUCUGCUUUUUCUCCGAACAGGUGAGCCACCACCCCCCCAUCUCCGCCUGCCACUGUGAGUCCAAGAAUUUCACCUUCUGGCAAGAUGUGAGAUGGAAAAACAAGUUCUGGGGAAAGUCUAUGGAGGUUUUGCCGAUCGGGACCGUGAACCUCAUGAUUCCCAGGUUUGGAGAUCAAUAUGAAUGGAACAAAGUCACCACCUGUGUGCACAACAUCCUCAGUGGCCGACGGUGGAUCGAACACUACGGGGAGAUCACCAUCAGAAACACAAAGAGCAGCGCGUGCCUCUGCAAACUCACCUUUGUUAAGGGAAACUACUGGAGUUCUAAUGUGAAUGAGGUGCAAGGGUUUGUGAUGGAUCAAGAAGGGAAAGUCAUCCACAGGCUUUUUGGGAAAUGGCAUGAGGGUCUUUACUGUGGUGUCCCACCUUCUGCCAAAUGCGUCUGGAGGCCAGGCUCCAUGCCCACAGACUAUGAGCUGUACUACGGCUUCACCAGGUUCGCCAUCGAGCUGAAUGAGCUUUGCCCCGAGCUGAAGGAUGCUCUGCCCCGUACAGACGCCCGCUUCAGGCCCGAUCAAAGGCAUCUGGAGGAGGGGAACCUGGAGAUGGCCUCUUCAGAUAAGCAGCGCAUUGAGGACCUGCAGAGAGUCAGGAGGAAGUGGAACGAGGAGAACAACAUCAAAAUGGAGCCACGCUUCUUCAAGAAAGUGGUUGAUUCCAACCACAGGGAGCGGUGGGUCUCCAACAACACGUACUGGGAGCUGCGCAAAAACCCCGGCUUCAUCAACAUGGAGUCUACGGUGAACCUGUGGUAGCACACGGAGAAACAUGCAUCCGUCAUAUCGUCAUCGCAGGCACGACAGCCGUAACCUAUGCACAAUGAGGUGUAGAGAGGGACAUGUUGAGAGAGACAUGUUGAGAGAGACAUGUUGAGAGGGACAUGUUGAGAGAGACAUGUUGAGAGGGACAUGUUGAGAGGGACAUGUUGAGAGAGACAUGUUGAGAGGGACAUGUUGAGAGAGACAUGUUGAAACGUCCGUGUGCAGGGAGACGAGCGGCCGCAGAGCUGAGGGACGUCCUGAUGCGCAGAGACCCUGCGGAGGUCCUGCUGCCACACGGCCAUCCAUCCCUGGAAACAUCCGGAAGAAUCACCUUCAUUGUGCUUGUGGACGCUGAGUUGUCACGGCAACAAUCGUACCACUCCCAUGUAGAUCUCUCCUCGGCUCCUUUGACUUCUGAGUAUGUCCUUGCCUUAAAAAGACACACGAUUAAGCGCUUUAUCGUCGAAGCCAUUUGAUUUCUGACAGCAGUUCGGGUUAGACUAAUCUAUGAAGUAGACCUUUUGAUUACCUACGAUACCUACGUGCAUGUUUAGAGAGCAGCUUUCACUGGCAUAAAGCCGCAUUUACUGUAUCAAUUAUCGUAGAAAAAAGGUAUUUUUAUAAAAUAUCUUGGACUCAGAAUUUAGUGAAAUAUCAUGUGAAUUGGCAGAUUUCAUUUAUUUUUGCCUUUUUUUUAUACUGUUGAAUCUGUGUGAUAGCAGUACUCUCUCUCGGGAAACAACUCAUUCAAAAUAAUCUGCAGUGGAGGAGAAGUAUGGCGUCCAUUGAUGGAGUAACAGCGGCUCUCAAAGCUGAUCAUGGAGGAGAAGUGGGUUUUAAAAUGUAAAUCCUAUUCUGGUGUUUUGGACAUGUGACGCAGGAUACUACUACCUUUAAGGAUGUUUUCUUUUUUUAAAAGGUCAACACACAUCUGUCAUGGAGUCCGUGUAAAUAGAGGGACCACCCCACUUGUCUAACUUUAAACAUUGCUACUUGAAACCAACUCCUCUGUACCACAUGGUUACACAAAUACACACAUAACUCCCUCCAUAUAUAGUAGGUGCACCGUACUCACGAACGUCAAACACUUUCCCCAUUCAGAGGUCUCAGAAAAGAUGGUGUAGUAGGUUGUAAAGACUGUGAGGCCUUCAGAGACACUCGUGAUUUUGAGCUUUAUAAAUAGACUGGACAGUGAAACAUGAGGAAAACAGAUACAUAUUUCCAGCACGAGGCAUGACUCUCAUCUACAUCCAGCUAUAGAAGUCGUACAGUUCUUUUGAAAUGUUCAAAAAGUUGUUAACUAACAAAUUAUUCAUUUUCUGAAAAAAAAUACUACAAAUUCCCAUCACAGUUUACCAAAGCAAUGCCUUUAAUUUACAUCCUCGUUCUGACUAACAACCAAAAACUUAAAAUGAUAUGAAACAAAGAAGAAAAAAAGUAACCAGCAGCUGUUUUGGUGUUUUUCUUACUUAAUUGCUUCCAUUGUUAAUCAACCAUUAAAUAGGAAUUCAUUUUUCUUUUGAUAAGUUACAUAAUUAUGUUAGCACUCCCAUGACAUAUAGUUGAAACACCAGAGCCACCUGCAGGCCGUCCCAUGAACAUACAGUUUCAUUGGGUCAACAAAAUAAAUAUUUACUGAAAUGUUUAAGAUUUUAAAGCCAGUUGUGUACGGUAACAAAAACACUGUGGAAGAAUCUCAAUGCGUGUGAUUCCCCAGAGACUCUACUGCUAUGGUUUAUGCAAAGCACCAGUUUGCAUUUUGUGUAUUUAUUGCAAAGCAGCUUUAAUGUUUUAACUAGUGUCCCCCUUUUGAGUUACAGAGGAACAAACUAUAACACACACACAAGUAGCGACACAUUGUGUAGGGGAUAUUUAAGUUGAUUCCCCUCUCUUAGGGUGACGCCACAACAGGAAGAAGUGAAUAUAAAUAUGAAGAGUGAAAACUAUGUGAAGCAAAUCCAUCUUGUGUGCACUGUCCAUACGGUACUGUAGAUCACACACACCAAAAGGGUAGUACUGCUUUGCUCUUUUCUUUUUUUUAAUGUGCUUUAAAUUCUAUCACAAACUCAAUGCUACAAUUUGUUGUCGUCGGUUUCACUUGCUGUGCCUUAAUGCAUUUAUUAAUGCCUCACAAACACUACUGAUAGGAAACCCCAUGGCAAGAAGGUAUUCCGUUAACAAACUCCACACAUUACCCAGGCUCAUCGAAUGACAACAUGAACUGAGGAUAGAGGUGAUGUCUAAAGUCUUAAAGGGAGAUGACUUUGACUUGGAAAAAAAAAAAAGGAGGGACUGUAAAACGCUUGCAGAGGUUAAAAGAUGUUGUGCACUGCUCUGCUUCUCCAACAUGUAACCAAAUCCUUUUUGGUGAUCACUGUAAAUACGGCACAUUUAGAAGAUGGGUCACGACUGCAGAAGCUGAUUUCUCUAUCCUCCUACAGAUUUUUUUUUAAGAACAAAACUGAAUCCCAGCAGUUGUGUGUGGAUGUAGGAGAAAAGCUUUGCAUAGUGUUUGGCAUCAUAGUCAGACGGUAGUAAAAAAAAAAAAAGGAAAUCAUGAAAACCUCUUCAUCACGAUUCUACCUGCAUGUCUAGACAACUUAGCCUGCCAAUGAAUGUUGCAGAUGCCUUACUAAAAGAUGUUUUUAGUUUGACCAAUUAGACUCAUUGUUUGUGUUUAGUUUUGGACUGACAUUUAUCACAAAGCACUGUCAGCUCAGUUCGUUUCAAAUCUAUUUCCUGAUGGGUACCUUCAAAAGUGCAAUUUUAACAAAGUACAUAUCUUUCCAUGAACACUGUACACUGCUGCUACAUAGUGCUUGUUCUAAUAAAACUGUAAAACUCA